AUGUUCAAAUUAAUUGCUAUCAUAGCUCUUCUUGUGGUUGGAUCUUAUGCUAAGAAAAUUUCCGUAUCAUCAAAUGGUGCAUAUGUUGCUCGAUGUUUUAUUGAUAUAAAAGAUGAUUCAAGUACAUAUACAUUGGCGAGUGGAAAUAUUUAUGCUGGCCAAACAUUUAACAUGGAACUACCUGAUGAUAUUUCAUGGAUGAAAAUUCGCUGUGAAAAUCAACGUCUUGUUGGUAAAUGGGGUGAAGUUUUUUCGCAGGAAUUAUCGGGUCCCCGACCUCUUUGUUAUAACGUUGGUGGUACUACAUUUCAUCCUCAUCAUUCAGCUACUAUUUGUUAA